UCUGACUGCGAGGCAGACGGAGCUCUAGCGGUCAAACUCUCCAAAUCUGCAUCCUCCGUCCUCAGAGUCAAACACUGGAGCACUUUCUGCUCCGGAUUCACUUUUUUAUUUUCGUUCGGGUCUUUUUUUGCAGCGUGUGUUAAAGUGUGUGUAUAUGUGUGUGAGUGUUGUAGUUUUUGAGCAUGCAAGGCAACGGUGGCCACCGAAACCAGGAGUUAAAAAGAGCAUGGACAAAUCGGCAACUUCUUUUUUACAGAUGCACUUUAUAUUUAUUCUUCUUCAGCCUGGAACUGAAGAGCAGCUUUACGGCGCCGCCGGACUCUGACGACUUUGCUUUCUUCCAUGAGGGCGUUCAGGGGUGCCUGGGGGUGCGGGAUCACUCCCUCGUCCCAUCGACCUCCUGCGAGGAAAGCAACCAGCGCUGGAAGUGGGUGACACGAGGUCGCUUGUUCAACCUGGGCUCCUCGCUGUGUCUGGGCAUGACCACUGGGAACCUCACGUCCAGGAAGGACAGGUCUCCGCUGGGUGUGUACACCUGUGAUCGUGAGCCACCCAGGGUGCGCUGGACCUGGAACUGUGGCCAGGUGCUGGACACUCUCAACAACUACAUUCCCAUCCCCUCAAUUUCAAACUCCACUCCCUCUUCCUCGACCUCAAAAUUCAAAUGGACAUUACAUGGAGGUUUGGAGGACCUGUGCUCAAAAUCAUAUCGAGAGAUUUAUACAAUCCAGGGGAACUCUCAUGGCCGCCCCUGCUACCUGCCCUUCCUGUACGAUGGCCAGUGGUUUCACAGCUGCACCAGCAUCGGCCGCGAGGACGGUCACCUGUGGUGUGCAACAACCUUUGACUACGGCAAGGACGAGCGCUGGGGCUUCUGUCCUGUGAAAGGCAGUGGCUGUGAGACCUUCUGGGAUACUGACCCACUGACAGACAGCUGUUACCAGUUCAACUUCCAGGCCACGCUGUCGUGGAGUGAGGCUCGGAUCAGUUGCCAGCAGCAGGGUGCAGAUCUGCUUAGCAUCACCAAGCUGCAUGAGCAGACAUACAUCAAUGGUUUACUGACGGGUUACAGUGCUGCUUUGUGGAUUGGCCUCAAUGACCUGGACAUCAAUGGAGGCUGGCAGUGGGCCGACUCCUCCCCUCUCAAAUAUCUCAACUGGGAGCAAGACCAGCCAAACCACGCAGAAGAGGAGAACUGUGCUGUAAUCAGAACUGAGUCAUCAGGCCGUUGGCAGAACCGGGAUUGUUCUGUAGCACUGCCGUAUGUCUGUAAGAAGAGGCCCAAUGCUACCCUGGACCCCUUCACCACUGAUUCGUGGGCGGAUGAUGAGAAAUACGAUUGUGAUGUGGGCUGGCAGGCCUUCCAGGCAGGCUGCUACAAGCUGACGUCAGAAAAACUUGACUGGGACACCGCUCAGAAAACCUGUCAGAAAAUGGAGGCUAACCUGGUCAGCAUCCACACCUUACCUGAGCUGGAGUUCAUCCUGAACAACCUGAAGAAAGAUGUGGACCAGCUGUGGAUCGGACUCCACGACACUAAUAUGCAAAUGGACUUCCAGUGGACCGACCACACGCCUGUCAUCUUCACCUACUGGCACCCGUUUGAACCUAAUAACUUCCGCAACACCCCGGAAGAUUGUGUCUCCAUCUGGGGAGCUGAGGGCCGCUGGGAUGACAGCCCCUGUAAUCUGACUCUGCCCUCCAUCUGCAAGAAACUGGGAACAAAGAGUGAUGGGAAACCACAGCAUCAAGACUGCAAACAAGGCUGGAAAUGGCACAGCCCCUCCUGUUACUGGGUAGGAGAGGAUCUGCGUACCUUUGACGAGGCCAGGAAAUCCUGUGAGGACCAGGGAGCCGCCCUUGUUACCAUCACCAACAGGUUCGAGCAGGCCUUUGCCAGCAGCCUGGUGUUUGGUCGGUCCGGUGAUUCCUUCUGGAUUGGCCUCCUGGACAAGGGCAGCCCUGGCUCCUUCCACUGGCUCAGCGGGGAUGAAGUGUCCUACACCAACUGGAACCGAGACCAACCAGUCAGUGUUAACGGUGGCUGCGUUACCAUGGCGACAGGCAUCGCAACGGGUUUGUGGGAGGUGAAGGAGUGUGCGUCAUCGAAGGCAAAAUUCAUCUGCCGUCAGAACCAGGACACGUCUCUGAGCCCUGAGCCUCCCGUUCCUGUCCCUCAGCCCACCCCGAGCCUCAGCGGCUCCUGUCCCAGUGGCUGGAAGAGCAACAGCGACCUGCGCUACUGUUACAAGGUGUUUCACUCGUCCCAGACGGAGCAGAGGCUGAGCUGGCUGCAGGCUCACCUGUUCUGCCAGAGACACGGAGCCAAUCUGCUGAGCAUCAGCGGCCCUGAUGAGGAGCACUUCAUCCUGCAGGUCCUCCAUGAGGCCUUUGGGGAGUCAGAGGACCACGAGCAGCACUGGUUUUGGAUCGGUCUGAACCGCAGAAACCCCAUGGACAACGGCAGCUGGAAGUGGAGUGACGGCUUGGAGUUAACGUACCAGAACUUCGGCCGGUACUACUACAACAUCCGACAGUGUGCUGCAGCAGAUUUGGGCACUAUGACCUGGCUGGCUAUGCACUGUGAUUCAGAGUUGGACUGGAUCUGCAAAAUCCCCAGAGGUAGUGUUGAGAAGGAGCCAGAAGUCUCUGAAGGCACCAGUUCACCAGAGUGGAUUGGCUUCCAGGAGGCUGAAUAUAAAUUUUUUGACCACCGCACCACUUGGGACCAGGCCCAGAGGAUUUGCUCCUGGUUUGAUUCCUCGCUGGCCUCGGUCCACUCCGCCGAGGAAGAAGCUUUCCUGGCAAACACUUUACGCAAGAUGGUUAGGGUAGAGGGUGACAACUGGUGGCUGGGGCUUCACACCUAUGAAAACGAUGGCCGAUUCCGCUGGUCCGACCACUCUGUGCUCAAUUACGUGUCCUGGGCCCUUGGGAGGCCACAUGCUCUCAGCCGGGAUCGCAAAUGUAUCCACUUGUCAGUCAGCAAAGCGGACUGGUCUGAUCAGAAGUGCCGCUCUGACCUGCCCUACAUCUGUAAGAGGGUAAAUGUCACGGGCACCAUCCCUCCAACUCCAUCGACUCCCCAUCCACCCUCAGGCUGUCCCGAUGGAUGGUCCUCCUAUCAGCAUAAGUGUUUCAGAGUGUUUGAUCAGCCCGACAAGGCCACGUGGUCUGCAGCCAAGUUGAAAUGUGAAAUGCAGGGAGGAGUGCUGGCAGUGGUGUCCAAUCAUUUGGAGGAAGCUUUUGUCACCACCCUGCUUCACAAUGCCUCCUGUAACCUUUGGGUGGGCCUGACCUCAGACUCCAAAGGUCAUUUUCAGUGGGCCCAGCCUGGCCUGCUCAGCUACACCAACUGGGCUCCUGGAGAGCCACUAGACAACAGCGGACCCCACCACAACAAAACCCGGGGAAACUGUGUGGUGAUGAUUCAUGGGAAUCCACAGAAGAACACUGGCAUGUGGGCUUCUCGAGCGUGCGAGAUGGAGAGUCAUGGCUACAUCUGUCAAAGAGGACAAGACCCAGAUCGCCCUCCAGCCCCAGCUUUCAUUCCUGCCUCUCUGUCGAAACCUGUCGAGCUGGGUGGAGUGACCUACCGAGUUGUGGAGAAGCGUCUUGACUGGACAGGUGCUCUGCACCUCUGUGAAUCUCUAAAUGGGACCCUAGCAACAGUAAAGGAUCCCUUCCAACAGGCUUAUCUCACGCUACUGAUCAACAGCCUGCGGCGGCCAGCCUGGAUUGCCCUCUACAACUACGGAGGACGCAGCUUUGCGUGGCAUGGUGAGGAGGACGUGUCAUAUUCAAAUUGGAGAGACGGGGAGCCCAAUCAGUCAGCUGGUUGUGGUCAUAUGACUACUAACGGGCAGUGGACCAUGACUCCUUGUGAUGCUAAACUGGAUGCUGCUAUCUGUAAAAUAAGUGAUGAGCCUGUGGUUCACCAGUGGAUUUACCCAGGCCAGUGUCCACACUCUCUGGGACAGUGGGCAUGGGUGCCUUUUAGAAACCACUGUUACGCCUUCAACCUGCAAAGUCUUAAAUUGCAGCAGGAUGCACAAACAUCCUGUAAUAAAGCGGGAGCAGAACUUCUCUCCAUCCUGGAUGAGACAGAAAAUGGAUUUGUUUGGGAACACAUCCAGAGCUACACAGAACAAGCACAUGGGGCUUGGCUGGGCAUCAGUGUGAGAGGUAGAGGUCUAGUGUGGAGCGAGGACACAGAGAUGACGUAUACAAACUGGGAAGGGCAUGACGUCGCCUCUUCUGUUUUGUCUCCAAACUCCUGCUUCUGGAUCCAGAGCAACAGUGGCCUGUGGAAACCCGGCUCCUGCAGAAAUCGCACGCACGGAGUAAUCUGCAAGAAACCUCGCAGUACUGAGCCUGAACCUUCGAUAUCGGAUAAUGACCACCUGCCCACGCUGAUUGUCGUCAUGGUGACGGGCCUGGUGCUGGUGGCACUGAUUGUCGGUGUAAUCUACCUGUAUCGACGGCGAACUGUUGGGUCCGGGGGUUCCUAUGAAGGGGCUCGCUACAGUCGGACCAACUCCAGCCUGACUGAGCAGACUGAGAAGAACAUCCUGGUGUCAGACAUGGAGCUGAACGAGCAGCCAGAGUAGCACAGGAAGUGGACUCAACCCGACCUGGCACAGGAGAGAUUGACGCUGUUGUUAUUGUGGCAUUUAUGUUUUUGUUGUCUCUUUUGAAACCAAAAAAAAAGAAGAUUUUCAAAGUGCUGAAGAGCUGUGUAGAGCGCAGCAGAUAUUUUGUUUUUAAAAUUGAAGACUUGACAAUUCAACCAAUAUCUGCAGACCAAUCAAAUCCUUCCAUUUGCACAACUUUCUUUUAAAGGCCGUAAAUCGAUCAUGUGGGAGUUUUAUUUUUAAUGCAGCUGGAAAAGUUUAAUCCAAAAUCAGUUUUAAGAAAUGACUUCCUCAGUGCCAAAGUGAAUUUUUGCUCGCUGUAUAUUUUCUUUUUUUUAAUGAUUUGAAUUAACAAAGCAGAGGAGCUGCCACAGCCACAGAUUGACUUUAAAUUAUGCGUCUCUGUCCUCUACAGCCACAGUCUUCUUCAGGACCAAAUUAAUUUUUUCCCCUUUUUUCUUUGCCAUGACAGUAUUUACCUAACUCUGACUUGUUAUUGAUUUCAUUCUCCAUGGUUUGUCAUCUUCUGUGCAGCUGUAGAAAACUGUUACUGAUGAUGCAUGUGUGGUUUUGUGCUCCUGCCUUGCUCCUCCUCUCUCAUCGGACACAUCAGCGCCAGCUGCCAAACGAGUAGAGGAGGAAGUCCAAAUGUGAAUGUGUGGAAGGUAACAGGGACCAUCAUUACUGGUGACCUUAAACCAUCAGAGGCAGAACGCUACAACUACAUUACGAAGUUCUGCUCCUUUAAUAGGACAGCUGACAGUUGUCAUAAAUACUCUUGCUUACAGUUCGGUUCUUUCAACAGUUAUUUUUCAUCUGACUUAGUAUUAGUAAUCCAUUUUCUUUUAGUCAUUAUAGUACAGUUACUUCUCUGUGAUUCCAAACCUUUGUUUGUGCCGCCAUCUGGAGCUGCUUUAGUGAUUUUUAAGGACAAUAAUUCUGUUUUUGUGCACUAUAAGAAAAGGUUUUCUGUAUUUACAGCACAGCUCACUGCUCUUGUUUAUUUUAUCACUACUAUUCUCUCUUUUAAUGUUUUUUGACUCAAUGUGACUUUUUAAGACAAUUGGAAAUUUCCUACUUUUAUAGGAAAAAUCUUGAAUCUCUCAUUGCCCACAAAGAAAUGAAUCCCUCAUGUGAAUAACAGUGAGCCAAAGACUGUUUUAAAAGUGAAUUCCUUCAGAUAAAAACCUCAUUCAGCUCUCAAUCGAUGAUGUUUUCAUAUUUCGCACUUGGCCACAUCUUUCAGUCAUUUUGUCAUUGAACAUUUUCUUCUGAACGUAUUUCUGUCUUCCUGCACAGAGGAAUGCUUUGGAGCUGUGUCAGUCUGAGGCUUUUAGGGUUUCACUGAGCUGCUGUGAAAAAAACCCUGCUUUUUCUGCUCCGUGAGUUGGACUAAGAUAGAGGGGGGGAAGGGAGUGUGUGCGAGUGCGCGUGUCUCGAGUGUGUGCAGUCUCCAGCUGUGGAAUGUUGAGUCGGCAAGAAGAGCUCAGUGGCACGUCUGGAACCAAUCAGAGGAGGAGGGCUCAGGGACACGGAGGGUCAGGAAGAAAAGAAAAGAAAAAAUUAGACCAAAAGGAGAAAAAGAAGGAGUGCGAGGAGGAGUCAGGGAUGUAGUAAGAGGGGAAGGAGGGGUUGAAGUGGAUUGUCCCGGGCUUACCCCGGCCUCUGCUGGUGGUUUACUGUACAGGUUUGUCUUAAAUGUGGUAGAUUUAAACUGUAGAGAAGGUCUGACGCUCCCUCCGUGUGUACAUUUAUGAGAUCAUGUUUAUGAUGCAGGCUGGCUCUUGUCCCUGUGAAGAUUACCUGAAGCACCUGUUCAACUUUAUUUGAACAAUUUUUGUGUCAUUUUUAUAUGAAAUGAAUAAAGUCUAUGUUCUCAGA